AUGAAGCGACUUCAGCAGACUUCUAUUGACAGUUUUAUCGGGACCGUCAACAAAAAAAGUAAGUCAAGUGUUAUCAAUGAAAGUAGUAUUCCAGAAUCAACAAGUAAUGAUCCACCUUCAGCACCACCUUGUAGUUCGACCUUUAACAUUGAUACACCUAAAUUGGCUGAACCUGAGGCUGAGCUUGAGUCUUCGUUAAAGAAAAACGAUUAUAGUUUACUGGAUAUUGGAAAUUUUAUAGACAGUGCUUCUUCAGAUGAUUUUUUAAAAUUAGAAGCUUUGACCAACUGUUGGACUCCCCCGGAAAAUUAUGUAUUUCCCCUUUCUGAAAAGAGACACCUAUCUUUUCAAAGAAAGCUCUAUGAAUACAUAGUUGAAGCUCUUGAGGUUCUUCAAGAGAAACCUAACAGAGAGACUUCAGUUCAGGCUUUACAACUAUCUUCCACUAUUAUGAAUUCAGAAUUUAUUAUCACUCUUUUAACACUGAAUAACUUAUUCUCUUUUACCGUAAACUUAACAAAAAAUCUUCAGAAAAUUAAUGUAGAUUUGGUAGCGUGUGUUGAAUACGUCGAUUUAUUAGUACAGUCGAUCCAGUCAUCUAGAGACACUUGCGACAGAUCUUUUAAUAAUAUUUAUAAAGAAGUAGAAAAGCUUGUUUUGAAUAUUGGUGGCCAGAUUGCAAAACCAAGAACUGUAAGUCGUCAAACUCAGCGUGGAAACAUUCCGGCUGAAGAUGCUGAGCAAUACUAUCUUAGAAAUCUGUAUAUUCCAUUUAUCGAUCACAUUUUAGUUGAACUAAAAGAUCGUUUUUCUGAACAUCACAAAUUAAUUUCCGACUUGCAGUUACUUAUACCAGAAAAAUGUGUAAUCGCUAAAGCUAAACUCGAAACUUUUAAACAAAUUUGUGAAUUAUAUGACAAAAAUUUUUGUUCAUUCUCGGCAGAAUUUCAUGUGUGGCAGAACAAGUGGAUUAAUGCCAAUUGUAAUAAUGAUAAUCUCCCGAGAACUGCCAUUGAGGCUUUUCUUAAUGCAGAUGGCUCGUUUUUCCCCAAUAUUAAGGACCUACUACAAAUACUGGCAACUUUGCCUUGCUCUACGGCAACUCCAGAAAGGACAUUUUCAACGCUAAGACGUUUAAAAUCUUGGUUAAGAAAUUCCACCCUUAAUGAAAGAUUAAACGAAUUAGCACUAAUGUCGGUACAUAGAGAUAUUCGAAUAAGUUCUGAAAACGUAAUAGAAAGAUUUUGUCUUAAAAACCGCAACAUACCUUUAUAA